AUGCCAACGCUGAGGUCCCCCACUAGGAGGAGAUCAGUGGAUGACGAGGGUGCCGCAGUGUCAUCUGAUGCGGACCGUGCGACGCUGGAGACCGCGGUUGCUGUGGCCCCUGAGGGGGACCAAAGAAUGGAGCUUGAACAGUCACCUAGCGUGAGCAUACUUACAGAACUCACUCAGUCCCAGCCUCCCCCCGUGCCUGCUGGCUACGAAAACCAGUUUCAGGAAUACGCAGCCGGUAUUGUGGAUCAUGUGAAGAAAAUUAUUGGCCAAUUGGACCACAAGAAAUCGGGAUCCACCAGUGUUACAAAAUCCCAGAAGAUGGAGGCCUUAAGCCACUGCCAGAGCAUCAUCUCGCUCUGCGCGGGGCUCACUAAGGAGGCGUCUUCGCGGUCCGCUCCAUUAUCACCACCUCCACCGACUUCACCGCCCUCUCACCAGGCUGGAAACGCUGACUCCCUGGCCAUGGCCGAGUUGGCUCUGAUAAAAAAGGACAUAAGGGAGAUUAAGGACAAACUCUCCUCCGGCGGGGCCCCUACCCGGACGACGUACGCGCACAUGGCGUCCACGAGUGGAAAGGGCAUACCACCUGCGGCCCCUACCCCCGUUAACACCAUCAAGACGGCUCGUCCGGCCCUUAUCCUUACCUGUGAUGCUACUAACAACACCACCCCCCGAGAAGCUGCCACCAAGGUGUUAAGAAAGGUCAUCAACUGCAAUGAAACCGGAUAUACGGUGGCCAGACUUACCCAGCUGUCCAAGGGAAAGACAAAGGUCGAGUUCGACAAACCGGAACACAGGGAGGACGCGCUUCGCCGCUUCAAGCAGGCAUCCCCCUCCUUGGGAGCGAGAGCCGAGCCCGAGAAGAGAAUCUCCGCGAUGGUGAUACUCAAGGGUAUCUCCAAAGAGGUUAAGAAGGAAGAGCUAAUGGAGCACAUUAUUAGACAGAAUCCGGAGCUCGGAGGAUGCGGAGCAGAGGAAAUCAGCAUUAAGUUCAUUCGAAACAACCGGAACACGGCGCUGUACAAUGCAGUCCUUACCACCUCCCCCCGCGCAUGGACGGUGCUGACGCGGAUGGGAAGGGUGCGCGUGGAAUUCCAGCGCGUGCACGUUGAAAACUUCUCCCCAUUUCUACAGUGCAGGAGAUGCCAGCAAUUCGGCCACACGCAGACGAGGUGUGAGCGUCCGGAGUUGUGCUCGCAUUGCUCAAGAGGGGACCACACUGCGCAAGCCUGCCCCACCGCGGCCGCGCCUCCUACCUGCGGGAAUUGCGUCAGCUUCAACGCGAGGAAUCCAUAUCCCUGUCCAAAAUGUAUAUAUAGGUAA